UGUUGUCGACUCAUUGUGGCCAGCCCCAGACCCGUACAUACACAUACAUACACGCAUUUGAACUGGCUCACUAAUGUUAUAUAAGCUUAAUCAAAACAGAUUUCAACGCAAUGGCAAAUUUUGUAACGUUUCAAACGCAAAUCGCUUCAGUAAUGGAAGUACUAGCAAACGCCGCUGUGGCAGAAAUCUGCAAACUUGUUGAGGACAGCUAUGCCGAAUUGCAGCUUGAAAUAUCACAAACAAAAAAGGAGAAUAACCACCUUAAAAAGAAAUUAAAAACGAUAGAAAUCAGGGAUUCAUUUUAUCGAAGAGCGCAUAAACUGAUGAACGAAUCAACUGCUAUAACCAGAACCAGUGUUCACGAAAAAGUACCAGGGCGAAUCAGCGUGAAAGUCGCUUCGCUGUGUGAUAACGAUGGUAGUGAUGAAGAUGGAUCAGUUCACUGCGAUAACGUCUCACUUCUUCAGCCCGAAAGACUUGACCAGUCAAUGGUGCCCCAAAGCAGCCUGGUUACAAACUUUCUUCAAAAUAUCAUCUUUUGUGUUGAGUAGAACGAAGACAUUUUUACAGAUUUGGAACAACUUGAGGUCUGUAGGGGGUGGUGAUGAGCCAGAUGUUCUCAUUAUUAAAGAGGAGAGACCUGACAAUAUGAGGUGUGAACAGUCAGAAAGUGAAACAGAGGCUACUGAAAAUCUUAAAGAUGACACCCAAUACCGGAGUGCAGAAGUCUUUGUAACAAUCCCCAGAGAAAACAUCAUUGACCAGAACACAGUCCAACACUGCCAUCAAGAGGUAGGAAACGGUCUCAAUCAGUCUGUAGGGGAUGAUGAACCAGAUGUUCUCAUUAUUAAAGAGGAGAGACCUGACAACAUGAGGUGUGAACAACCAGAGGGAGAAACAAAGACUGCCGAAAAUCAUGACACCCAGUACAGGAAUUCAGGAGUCUUUGUAGCAGUUCAUAAAGCAAACUUCAUAGACCAAGACACAGUCCAGCACUGCCAUCAAGAGUCCAAUGGAAUGCAACCUGAUCUUCUCGAGGAUGAAAACCCAGAAGUGAAUGAUAUAAGUGAAGAUGCACAUUUACUGAAUGGUGAAACCAGAAUGGACAGACGUUGUGAUGGAGAAGCAGAGACCAACCUGCAGUCUGUCUCUUCCUAUGCCUCAUGGGUUUCCAGAAGAUUAGACGCAACCACAAACCAUCCAUCCUAUGCUGAAUCUGAAUGCAAUGGAGGACCUUCUGUGAAUCAGUACAUGAUGUAUAGAGGGAGCACAGAUCCUAUGUGUUCCUAUGCAACUCCAAUAGACUCUAAUGGCUUGUCUAUGCCUGAUAUGGAAGGCCAUUUAACACACAGCGAUGGAGGUAACAUUUCUCAAUCCGAGCAGCCCCCCUUCACACCGUGCUUUUCUUUCAAACAGUCAGAUUCUCCUCAGAUGCAAAGGAAAGACAAGUUUAUGUGUAAACAUUGUGGAAAAGCAUUCUCUCAACCCAGCACUCUCCUCUUGCAUCAAAAACUUCAUACCAGAGAGAGGCUCCACAACUGUACACUUUGCGGUAAAAGAUUCAGUCAGGCGUCUAGUCUCAAAAGACACCACAGCAUCCACAGAGGAGAAAAACCAUUCAGAUGCUUGCACUGUGGCAAGCAGUUCUCAGAUCAAAGUAACCUGAAAAAACAUGUGACCGUUCACACAGGUGAAAAGCCUUAUGGUUGUAACCUUUGUGGAAAAAUGUUCAACCAGUCUUCAAACCUCAAAACGCAUAUGAAGAUCCACACACGUGAGAAGCCCUUCACUUGCGAUCGAUGUGGGCGGAUGUUUGCACACAAGUACAUUUUGGUGAAACACCAACAGAGAAUCUGUGUUUCUACUGGACAAAUGUAGACUUCACAAGUCUUCCACCUUAUUUUUCAAUACUGAAGUAAGCUAUUUUCUUUCUGAGACUUUCAACUCAUUAGCCGCUAUAAGGAAAUAACGAGAAGUGUAACAAAAAGCAGAUAAUGGUAAAACAGUUUGUGCUACAGACCAAUGUAUUUAUAAUUAUGAUAAUAAAUUAAAACCAUAUUGUAAGAAAUACCAGUUAGCAGUAUCCAGCAGCGUAAUGUUUUGUACAGCUAAAUUAACUGGAAGCUAAUGACACCGAAAGCCAGAUGCAUUCAAUUUACAAAUGGCCGUACCUGCUCUUGCGUGAAAAAUAAGGUGGACAGAAUAUGGUAUCUCUCUCACAAUAGAUUCGUUUUUGUUGGCUGCAUCUGAAAUCGCAUACUUCGCUACUAUACAUUAGACGAGAAACUGUUCGUGACAAAAGAAGUAUGUCUGAAUUCACAGUACUCAUAAAAGAGUAGGCAGAAAGUACCUGGAUGACCUAGUAUUUCCGGCGAGAUUUUGAAGUGUGCAUAUGAUGGACACUUUACUAUCCCAUGAGGCCACGGGAGAGGAUUUGUGAAUGGCAGUGAAGCGACACAACUGACGCUGGUACUGUAAGUCACAUGAUAAUGACAACAUGAUGAAUGUAGUACGUCUAGAUUACAUUCAUACUACUUACAUUCAUACUAUAUAGAACUUACUUUUUUAGUGGUCGUGAAGUAAUUGUUUAUUUAAAAUAAUUACUCGAGAGUAUGCGAUUUUAGACGCUUUCUGAAACCAUUUCCUUUUUGGUAGUUAAAGGGUUAGUUCACCCUAAAAAUUAAAUUUCUCUCAUUAAUUACUCACCCUCAUGUUGUUCCAAACCUGUAAGACCUUCGUUCAUCUUCAGAACACAAAUUAGGAUAUUUUUGAUGAAAUCUGAGGGGUUUUUUUUAUCCCCCAUAGAAAGCAACAUAAUUACCACAUUCAAGGUCCAGAAAAGUAGCAAAGACAAGCAACAAGAAUACUUUUUCUGUGCAAAAAUAAAGACUUUUCAACAAUUCAACAAUUUUAUCUCUUUCCUGUCUGUCUCCUACGCUGUUUAAGUUGUAUAGACAGUGCAGGCUUCCGUGAGCAGCACAAUAUAUGCGUACGAUGCUGACACAGGAGCCGACCAAUAAUGAGUUGGCAUUCUGACGUAGAACCUGGAAGCCUGCACUGUCUAAACAGUAUUCUUGUCGCUUCAUAACAUUAAGGUUGAACCACUGUAGUCACGUUGACUAUUUUAAUGAUGUCUUUACUACUUUUCUGGACCUUGAAUAUGGUAUUACAUUGCUUUCUAUGGGGGAUAAAAAAAUAAAAAAAACUCUUCAGAUUUCAUCAAAAAUAUCUUAGUGUUCCAAAGAUGAAUGAAAGUCUUAUGGGUUUGGAACGAGCGUGAUUACUUAAUGACAAAAAAUUCAUUUUUGGGUGAACUAACCCUUUGACAUCACAAAUCUCUUUCAACAGCUUUCCACUAACCACGUGGUUACAUUCUGAAACUGCCACUUUUGAUGAUCCAAACAAUUCUCAAUGGAUAAAAACGAGCUUCUUCUCAGGUUGGUGACAUCUUGAACCCUAGAGUUCAGUAGUCCUGCUCACUGAUUUGAGCACGACAAAUAGUAGUAGGUGAAUAACAGAUGUGACGCUAACACUGGAUCGAGCAACUAAGCGAUAAACAUGCCUUUGAAGAGUGCUAAAUGUUGUGCAGUGCCAGGUUGUGGAAAAACACAGUAGCUGCAUUGGAUUUGCAGACAGCCUGAAAUAAAAAUAAAAAACGAUGCUGUGCCUUCUAUAUCGGAUCCAACAGGAAUGGCGCAACACACUUGUUUGAGUAAAAAAGUUUUUACUGUCACUAUUGCUUUGUUACAGAUGGUUUGAUAUGUACGGAUUAUGUGUACACGUCUAACCAAAAUUACCAGUGAUUUCUGAUAUGUAAUGAUUCAUGUAGGCCAACAGUCAGAUGUUUUUGUCUCAAAAUCGUUUGUCAGUAAAUCAAAGCAGUGACUAAACGGUCAACUUCACAUUGUUUUUCUUAGUAGGAUGAAAAUAAUGUGUUGUUUAAACGGAGGUUAAAUUAUAUAUAGCAAUCAAAGAACGCUCCCUUUACAAUUGCUGGAACUGUCAAUCAAACAGUAUGAGUGUUCAGGACUCUUGCCUAAACUCCUGUUAGAAACAAAUCUCCUAUUUACAUUGUGUUUGCUGUUCGUUAUGAUGAAGGCAUUCGUUAGUGUGCAAUGACGAGAUCAAUGAGUUAAAAUGAGGAGUUACAAUGUUACAAUGACGAGAUCACUGCUUUCAUGCACUCAACAUGUCUGUGAGCAGCUACAUGCUCAUCACUGCCACCUUUCAUGCCACGAUCUAAACAUAAUUCUAUAAUCAACACUUUUCACGAUUAGCAACCCUUGAGAACUGUAAUAGUAAAAACGUGCUAAAAGUUUUUGAGAGAAUUCCACAUGUAAUACAUGGCUAUUUCCAUAUGCAAAGAUGUUAGCCAAUCACAGCAGUGGGUGUUUACACUUAAGUCUCACAGCAGACACGCCCCAAAUCCGAGGGCUAAAAUAAGGGUAGGAAAAAUGCCUUUUAUUUCUAAAUUAUGACAAUUUUUUAUGUAAAAAUCAUACUAUUGUGCAUCCCAGGAAACAUUAUUUAAAAAAAAAAAUAAUAAUAAUGAUAAUGCAGUUUAUGACCCCUUUAACUUUUUUAGCCAUGGAUCUAGUGAUGUAGUGUCCAGUAGAUUACCCUUUAAAAAAAAAUUUAAAUAUCCCUAUGUUGUUGCAAAUAAAAUAAUAUCACUGUGUAAGAGACAAACACAUCCAAUUGUCUUUCUUGCAAGAAAAGGUCAACAGUCAUACAGAUACUCGAAGUUGCUGCAGGGUGUGACAAAGAAGGGAGGGCUCCCUCCCACAUUUAUAUCUCUAUAGCUUUCAAGGCCAAAGCCAGUUUCUUUUACCAUAUUAGGAACAUUUACCGUUCUUCUAUACAAGAGUAUUCUUUCUCUUGUCAUAUGAUAGUCACACAUUUCUUAUUUGUGUCAUACAAUGAUUAUACACAUCUAUAAGAUCAAUAAAUGUUCUUUGUUCAUUCAAAGGCUGAGAAGUGUGUGAGAUCACAUGCAAUCCUUGUGAAAAUUAACUACAUACUGUCUCUUUAAGCAGUACAAAAAUGUAAACAUAACACAAAGUUUCAUGAGCAUAACAUGUUAAUAAAAAGCAUACAUAUUAAUAAAA